UGCCUGAGAAUUGCUAGCAAAACAUUCUCCCCAGAGGACCCGCAGACGACUGGCCAUCGGAAGCAGGACAUUGCCAAUUCAGCUUCACCUCUGAUUAUACAGAAAGAAGAAAAAAACUAUUAGAGGUGACUUGAUCCUCCCUUCUGUGCGCUCCCUGAAGAGUCCAUUUGCCACUGAAGAAAGAAUUCCACAUCACCAAGAGCUCUACGAGGAAACUUGGGAGAAGCUAUGGAGAGAUCUCAACUGAAACAGGAUGAUGUACGUGUCCGGCUUUCCCAUGAGCUCUCAGAGGGUGAGAAAGAAGCCACUGGGAACAGAAAAGCAAAAGUUCUGGAGUGCCUCAAGAGCCUUGGCAUUGCCUAUGAUGAGGAUAACAUGCCCAAUAUCGCUGUCCUAGGAUCAGGUGGAGGUCUGCGGGCCAUGAUAGCCCUUCUGGGAACCUUGGUGGAGCUGAAGAAUCAGGGCCUUUUGGAUGCUGUCAUGUACCUGUGUGGGGUAUCGGGUUCCACCUGGUGCAUGUCUUUCCUUUACCAAGAGAAGGACUGGACAGAGAAAGUGCAGGUCUUGGAAGAAUGCCUGUGUGAUACACUUUCCAAACCUCCAUGUGAUAUUCAAGAGGAAUUUACUAUUGCGACACAGGCGGCUGAAGAUGAACUCUUCUCUCUGACUGAUGUCUGGGCGUCUUUCUUUGUCUAUCCUGCAUUGAAGCUGGUGGGUUGCUGUAUUAUUCAAUCCAAAACUAUUUUUGCCUUAUGGGGAAGCGCCCUUGGAAGUAUGGAUGCAAACAAGAAAUAUUUAAUAGACCAUCUUAAGGAAAAAUUCCGAAAACUAAGAGAACAUCGGUAUGCAGUAGGUAAAGCAGGAGUUCUACAAGGAGUGUUAGCUUCAGUGCCUUUUGUUGGUAGGUGGACUUAUCCCAAUUCUAGGACACCAGGUACAGACAGAUUCCACAGCCAGGUGUCUGACCCUACACUGGCUGUUGCAUCCUUACUCUCAAGAGACUUUGGGCACUGGGGACGAGUCUUUCCUCCUUUCAUCCCCAGGGGCUUACAGGACAAACAGCUGCCUGCUGGCCACAUUAUAUUCUUUUUCCUCCAAGGUACUGAUUACACUAGUGUACUUCAUCGGAGUAUCCUCCUCCUCCUCCAGGAGCUUCACGUUCGUGCCUCAGCUGGGGAAGAUUGCAAGAGAAUCUUAAGGCAGCUGAAGGAGGUCCUGAAAGAGGAGAAUAGCAAGUAUUCCUACCUGAAGUGCUAUGAAAUGAGUGAGACCUUGGAUUUGAAGAGCUGGGAAGAGAGAAUGCUGGAGUUUGCUGAACUCAUCUGUAUUUUUGAAAAGGAACUUGGAGAAUAUAUAUGGAGUGUAUGGCAAUUGUUAUGGAAAACCGUGACCUGUAUCUGCUACUGGACAUGGGGGCACACCAACAACUUUCUGUACACAGAUAGUAAAGCCCAAUCUAUUGGAUUGACCAACAAAGAAUUCAUCCACUUGAUCAAUGCCGGCAUUGCCAUAAAUUCCCCCUACCCCCUCGUUCUGCGCCCAGAGAGGAAAGUGAAACUGAUCCUCUCCUUCGACUUCAGCGAUGGGGAUCCUUUUGAGACCAUCAAGAAAACUGCUGAGUACUGUAAGAGAAAUAGCAUCCCAUUUCCCAAAAUAAACCCAGAAGAGAUUAAGGACAUUGAUAACCCCUCUGACUGCUACAUCUUCAAAGGAAAAGGUCUUCCGACCAUCAUGCAUUUCCCGCUCUUCAACAACAAAAAUUGUCCAGGUGAAAUAGAGCAUUUUAGAGACUAGUUUUUCACCUCUAAUUUGUCCUACCCAAAGGACGAUAUCAAAGAACUUCUCAGUAGAAUGAAGAUGAACGUAUCCAGCAACAAGGAGAGGAUUCUGAAGGAGAUCCAGCAGACUGUGUCCUCCUACACCAAGGAGUUUUAA